AUGAUAGCAUAGAAGAAGAAGAAGAGGGGUGGUUGUGUGUUUACGGAAGUAGCUAGCUAGUUCGAUAUCUUUCAGCUUGUUAACAUAUUUACUUAAAUGAAUUAUAGUUUGCUACAUCAUGAAACUAUCAUGAUGGUAAAAAUAUAAUAUAAAUAAAAACAGGCGUGGUCUAACAGAACAAGAUAAACACAACGAAGGUCUCCUGAGGUGGUGAAUUGAAGCCAUAACAUAACUGACACCAUGGGGGCCGAGCAGAGCGGUGAUUCUGAGCACAAACACACCGACUACAGUUCCUCGGUGGUGCCCUCUCCAGCGAAGCAGAAGGCUAAAAUGGACGACAUUGUGGUGGUGGCUCAGGGGACACAGUCAUUGCGCAACAUCCAAAAUGACCCUGAUGUCAUCAAGCUUCAGGAAAUCCCCACUUUUCAGCCCUUGUUGAAAGGUGUGCUGAGCGGACAGAUGUCCCCCAGCAGUUUGUGUCUAGAGAGGCUGGACUCUGCCCAGGUGCUGCAGCUCUGCAUCCGCUACCAGGACCACCUGCACCAGUGUGCCGAGGCCGUGGCCUUCGACCAGAACGCCCUGGUCAAGAGGAUCAAAGAGAUGGACCUGUCUGUGGAGACGUUGUUCAGCAUCAUGCAGCAGCGUCAGAAGCGCUAUGCUAAGUACGCUGAGCAGAUCCAGAAGGUGAACGAGAUGUCCAUGAUCCUGAGACGUAUCCAGAUGGGCAUUGACCAGACCGUCCCCCUGAUGGAGAGGCUCAACAACCUGCUGCCGGAGUGUGAACGCCUGGAGCCCUUCAGCAUGAGGCCGGACGGGGACGUUGCAGCCAAGUAGAAAUAUCUCUGCCUGGGUAUGCUGAUACACUCACUGUCAUGGCCCUCUAGUCUAGCCUUCACUGCCUCCGCCAUUUUAAAAGCUCUUUAUUGAACCAUUCAUGUUGAACAGAAGAGAGAGAGAGAGAGAGGGGGAGAGAGAG